AUCUGAUUCGGUUGCGUCACAAUUUAAUUUUUACGGUCAGCGGUCCACAAAACAAGCGUUCUCCACAUUAUUGGUGAAGAGCUUAAUCGUUGAUGCUGUUAAGAAGAGCAUUUCAAAUGCUACAGACAAGGCAAUAGAAGACACUAUCAAAACUUGGCUCAAGCAUGCACAGGAACGCUUGAAAAAAGAAAAUGUCAGAAAGGAGAAAAUACAAAGUUAAAGCAUUUGUAGGUAAGCGCCAACUUUUUCGCCGAAUUGCAAAAACUGUAAGGGAAACACUUAAUGGUACUACAUCUUUGGUCAAUAAUACAAAUGAACCUAUUACAUUGCAAUAUAUAAACAAUACUUUGGGUUUACCUGAACCCAGAUGUGAGCACUUGGAGAUAAAUGUGAGUAAUAAUUCUUCAGAAAUAAACACAUCAGAUGUGAACACAACUUGCAAUGAAUUUCCUGUUCCUUUAAAUGUAAUUACUUUUAACAACACAAGUACUUCACAACUCAGUGUUGAAUUAUCUUUAAUUUCUAAGUUAAGGCAGUGGUGUGUUGCAUAUAAUAGCUCUCACGCUUCUGUUACUAGUUUGCUUCACAUACUGCACUCGUAUCAUCCUGAAUUACCUUUAACUGCUAAAGCAUUAUUAAAAACGCCGCGUCGUCUUCAUACUAAACCACUAGGGAGAGGUGAAUUUUAUUACAUGGGUAUCGCAAAAUCUGUCAAGUGUGUGCUUUCAAGCUUUCAGCAAAUUGUUCACACUCAAAUAGAAAUCAGUUUCAAUAUUGACGGUUUACCUAUAUUUAAUAGUUCUAGUCAACAAUUUUGGCCAAUUCUGGGUUUAAUAAAAAAUAUUAAAAGUAAACCAUUUGCUGUGGCAAUUUUUUCUGGUACAUCUAAACCACAACCGAUAGAACUAUUUUUAGAUGAUUUUGUUAUUGAACUAAAUUUAUUAUUAAAGGAAGGUCUUGUACAUAAUGGUAAAAAGUAUGAUGUGGUUGUGCACAGCUUCGUUUGUGAUGCCCCAGCACGUGCUUUUGUCAAAUCAAUAAAAACACAUAGCGGCUAUUCAAGUUGCGAAAAAUGCACUGAUACUGGAGAGUAUGUGGAAGGUCGUGUGGUUUUUAGAAAUUUUUCUGCUCAAAAAAGAACCGAUUCUAAUUUUAUUUCACAGUUAGAUGAAGAUCAUCAUAUUGGAAUUUCACCUUUGGUAAAGCUAGAAAUAGGGAUGGUCACAUUAUUUCCUUUAGACUACAUGCAUUGUUGUUGCUUGGGAGUAACACGAAAACUAUUGUGCUUUUGGAUGAAAGGUAAUUUAGCCACUAGAUUAUCUAAUCAUCAAGUACAAACCAUUUCAAAAUGUAUUCUUUCCUUAAAAUCCCAUAUUCCAUUUGAAUUCAACAGAAAACCGAGGGUUCUCGGGGAAGUCCAACGAUGGAAAGCUACGGAAUUCCGCACUUUUUUGUUAUAUUUGGGUGCAUUUGUUCUUAAAAAAAGGAUUAACACUGCCAUUUAUGAACAUUUUCUUAUAUUUCACGUGGCUAUUUCUAUUUUGGCUUCAAGAAAAUUAAUAUCAAAAUUCGGAUGUGCUUAUGCAAAUGAACUUCUAUUAGUCUUUGUAAAACAUGCGGAAAAGUUAUAUGGCAAGCAAUUUUUAGUGUAUAAUAUUCACUCACUUUUGCACUUAGCGGACGAUGUAAUGAAGUAUGGACCUUUAGACACAUUUUCAUGCUUCCCCUUUGAGAAUUUUCUUGGUCAAAUAAAACGUCUCAUUCGAUCUCCUACUAAUACACUGCAACAAGCAUGUAGAAGACUAUAUGAGAUACAACAGUUAAGAAAUAUUGCAAGCAUUCCAGAAAAAAUGAAUUGCCAUUAUGUGGAACAUGAUUUAGGGCCAUUGCCUGAAGUAUUCAGAACUGUGACUUGUAUGCAAUUCAGUAAAUACAAUCAAGGAAAUUUUAUCAUUUGUACUUAUUCUUAUUCAAGUGCAAAUUCAUAUGUGCUUACAAAUGAAAGAAAACUUUUACAAGUGGAAAAUAUAAUCGUAAUCAAGAAUGAAACAUUUAUUGUAGGGAAGUAUUUCCAAGCAUAUGAUUCACUUUAUAAAUAUCCGUUGGAUUCUAAUACUUUAGAUAUUUACGUUAUCUCACAUUUAUCUCCUAGUCUUCAUGUAUGUUGUGCAACUGAAUUAGUUGCCAAGUGUUUAGUAUUUCCAAUAGAAGAAGGAGUUAAAGUAUCAUUUCCCAUUAUUCAUAGUUAUGAAGAAGUUGACGCUUAAUUAUUCUUUAUUAUUUAGUAGUGUAGCUCUUG